AUGUCUGCUCCGCACGGGCCCCGGGGCGGCCCUGGCCCUGGUCCCGCUGCCGCUACUGCCUCAGCGGCGAGCGCCAUGCCGGAGAUGCCGGACCUCAGCCACCUCACGGAGGAGGAGAGGAAGAUCAUCCUCGGCGUCAUAGACCGACAGAAGAAGGAGGAAGCGAAGGAACAGUCAAUGUUAAAGAUCAAAGAAGAACCAAAGCCUCAGCCAGCUCAGUGGUUUCCCUUUAGUGGAAUCACUGAGCUGGUAAAUAAUGUUCUUCAGCCCCAGCAAAAGCCCCAAAAUGACAAGGAGCCAGAGCAAGAUGCGAAAUUGCACCAGCAAUUUGAGUCCUAUAAGGACCAGGUCAAGAAGAUGGGUGAGGAGACGAAGCAGGGCCAGGAACAGAAAAGUGAAACCCCGAUUUGUGGGAUCUGCCACAAAACCAAGUUUGCCGACGGCUGUGGCCACCUUUGUUCAUAUUGCCAAACUAAAUUCUGUGCUCGAUGCGGAGGACGUGUGUCUCUGCGGUCAAAUAAGGUUAUGUGGGUAUGCAACUUGUGCCGAAAACAACAAGAAAUCCUCACUAAAUCAGGGGCGUGGUUCUACAGCUCGGGCCCGGUGUACGAGGGGGGACCACAGGGGAAGAAGGCGAAGCUACAGGAGCCCGGGGCACCAGACAGAGGCAGACCUUACAGACAGGCCUCCCUGGACAACGGGACAGGACUGAGGUACCCGGGACCUGGAGACUCACCCCUUGACAGGAAACGAAGCCCAUCAGCAUCCAGGGAUCCAAACCAAAAAUACGACCAAAGGGAGGGGGACCACUCGCAGUAUGCCCCGGGGGACGGCGGCAUGCCCAGAUCACCGUCCGACUAUGGGGAUGGGGUCCCUCGGCGCGGGCGGGGCUCGCACUUAUACCCAGAUGUGGAUGCAGCUCGGAUGGGCUACCGGGACCGAAGGGGGCCGGCCCGUUGGCACUCGCAGGAGUACCCUCUGGAUCAGGAUCUAGAUGGCCCUCCAAGCGAGUAUGAGCUGCAGAGGCAGCGGCAGGAGGAGUACCAGACACGAUACCGCAGUGACCCCAACCUGGCGCGUUACCCCGUCAAACCCCAGCCGUACGAGGAGCAGAUGAGGAUGCAUGCGGAGGUGGGGCGGAUGAGGCAUGAGCGUCGCCAUAGUGACGUUUCACUGGCCUAUACAGAACAGGAUGAACCUGGACCCAUUCGGCUGUCCCGUCAGCACCUCACCGAGCGCCGGCCGCCCAUGAUGGGACAGCGGUCCUACUCAGUGGAUCGUUCAUCCCCGGGACCCAUGGGUCCUGGACUUGGGGGUCACAGCCCCCCCACGCCUCAUCGCAGCCCCGUGCUGGGAGACCGGUCUGGGGACCUGCGGAGAGGGGACCUGAGCGACCCUAUGAGGAGGCACCAUCUGGACCCCAGUUCUGCAGUCAGAAAAACCAAGAGAGAGAAGAUGGAGAGUAUGUUAAGGAACGAUUCACUGAGCUCAGACCAGUCCGAGUCGGUACGACCGCCACCUCCAAAGCCCCACAAAACAAAAAAAGGUGGUAAGAUGCGGCAGGUGUCUCUGAGCAGCUCUGAGGAGGAGCUGGCCACCACCCCGGAGUACACCAGCUGUGAGGAUGUGGAGAUCGAGAGUGAGUCCGUCAGCGAGAAAGGGGACAGUCAAAGGGGAAAAAGACAAACUAUUGAGCAGGCAUUUAUGUCCGAGCCGACACACACCUUAUCUGAGAGGCAAAAGAAAAUGGUGCGCUUUGGGGGACACUCAUUUGAAGAGGACUUGUCUUGGUGUGAGCCACAGGUUAAGGACUCUGGAGUUGAUACGUGCAGUAGCACUACGCUAAACGAGGAGCAUAGCCAUAGUGAGAAGCACCCAGUGACGUGGCAGACAUCCAAAGAUGGAGAUCGGCUAAUAGGGCGGAUCUUGCUCAAUAAGCGCAUGAAAGAUGGAAGUGUGCCUCGAGACUCAGGAGCUCUGCUUGGUCUGAAGGUGGUUGGUGGAAAAAUGACAGAAUCUGGUAGGCUUUGUGCUUUCAUCACAAAAGUGAGGAAAGGAAGCUUAGCAGACACUGUUGGACACCUAAGACCAGGUGAUCAGGUGUUGGAGUGGAACGGGAAGCUUUUACAAGGAGCCACAUUUAAAGAAGUUUACAAUAUAAUUUUAGAAUCUAAACCAGAGCCACAGGUGGAGCUUGUGGUCUCACGGCCUAUAGGAGAUAUUCCAAGGAUACCAGACAGCACACAUGCACAACUGGAAUCAAGUUCAAGUUCUUUUGAGUCUCAGAAGAUGGAUCGGCCAUCCAUCUCUGUCACCUCCCCUAUGAGUCCCAGCAUGCUGCGGGAUGCCCCCCAGUACUUGUCAGGACAGCUCUCAAGCCAAAGCCUUAGUAGAAGAACACCGCCUUUUGCCCCUAGGGUCCAGGUCAAACUGUGGUAUGACAAAGUGGGCCAUCAGCUCAUCGUCACCAUCCUGGGCGCCAAAGACCUACCCCCCCGGGAAGAUGGCCGGCCCAGAAACCCCUACGUCAAAAUCUAUUUCCUUCCCGACAGAAGUGACAAAAGCAAGAGGAGGACAAAAACAGUAAAGAAAUCCUUAGAGCCCAAAUGGAACCAAACCUUCAUGUAUUCUCCGGUCCAUCGACGGGAAUUUCGGGAACGCAUGUUGGAAAUUACGUUGUGGGACCAAGCCAGGGUGAGGGAGGAGGAGAGUGAAUUUCUAGGAGAGAUUCUCAUAGAGCUGGAGACUGCUCUUUUAGACGAUGAGCCACAUUGGUACAAACUACAGACCCAUGAUGUGUCCUCCAUCCCACUUCCACGCUCCUCCCCCAACACGCAGCGCAGGCAGCUCCACGGAGAGAGCCCCACACGCCGGCUACAAAACAAAGGCUCUGGUUCACUUAACUCAGGAUCCCAAAGGAUAAGUGACAGUGAGAUCUCAGACUAUGAUUGUGAGGAUGGAGUUGGCGUCAUAACAGACUACCGUCCAAAUGGCAGAGAUUUCCAAAGCUCCACAUUGUCUGUCCCUGAGCAGGUGAUGUCAUCUAACCACUGCUCACGGUCAGCAGACAUCAACAGGGCGCGCUCUCGCUCUCCCAGUGUCCCUCCACCAUCGAGUCGCAACCAUCGUGUGCACCCUAUCUGCAGAGAGGAGGCAGUCAGGUUACUGCGUUCCACUAGGAUGGCCCGCGCCUACUCUGAGGGUGCCUACUCCUCCGACUAUGACUUUGAGAGGAACCAUGGAGCCAUGGAUAGGCACGAGUAUCACAUCAGGUCCCGCUCUGCAGACCAGCGGCCCACUAUAGAGCGCCCCUCGCCCCGCUCACGCUCCACUGAACGCCCCCACGACUCUUCGCUCAUGAGGUCCAUGCCGUCUCUGCCAUCUGGGAGGUCUGCACCUCCCUCACCUGCCUUGACGAGGGCUCAUCCUAGAAGCGGCUCAGUCCAGACCAGUCCUACGGGUACACCAAUGUCCAGUAGAAGGGGUCGGCAACUUCCGCAACUUCCACCUUCGGGCAAAGACAGAAAAGACACGGACUCACCAGGUUGGACCAGCUCAGGUUUGGACAUGGACGAGCGCACCAGGCAGAUGAAAAUGAAGAUGAACAAGUAUAAGCAGGGAGCCGGCUCUGACUCACGGUUGGAGCAAGAUUAUCACAAGAGGUCAAGCAGAGAUCCACGGGGUUCGGAUAACUUGUCGGCCAAAUCUUCGGACAGCGAUGUGAGCGACGUGUCCGCUGUGUCGAGAACCAGUAGUGCCUCUCGGUUCAGCAGCACGAGCUACAUCUCUGUCCAAUCAGAACGGCCACAGGGAAACCGCAAGAUCCGCCAAAUGCGAUCCAGGAGCCAGUCGCGGGAGGGGGAGGAGCAGCUUGAGAAAGUGCAUGAGGAGGCAGAGGAGGCAGGAGGAGCUGGUGGGGGGCAGGAAGGCAAGCGGAGCAGCAAAGAGGGCACAGGGGGUAAAAAGGUGUCAGAGGAUAGCACAGACUUAGUCAAGGAGAAACAGGAUGAUUUGGAGAAAGAAGAAGAGGUGCACCAGAGGAGUGUCUCUGAGGCUGAUCUAAGGCAGAUGGGAUCCUCCGGUGGGAUGAACAUGACCAAGAGCACAAGUAUCAGCGGCGACAUGUGUAAUCUGGAAAAGACAGACGGCAGCCAGUCGGACACGGCGGUUGGUACGGUAGGCACUGACGACAAGAAGAGGCGCUCCAGCAUUGGUGCCAAAAUGCAGGCCAUGGUUGGCAUGUCACGCAAGAGCCGGAGCACCUCUCAACUCAGCCAAACAGAAGCAGGAGGGAAGAAGUUGCGUAGCACCAUCCAGAGGAGCACAGAGACGGGGCUGGCAGUGGAGAUGAGGAGUCGCAUGACCAGACAAGCCAGUCGGGAGUCCACAGACGGCAGCAUGAACAGCUACAGCUCGGAGGGAAAUCUCAUCUUUCCUGGAGUGAGGCUCUCCUCAGACGCACAGUUCAGUGAUUUUCUGGAUGGUCUUGGUCCUGCCCAGUUGGUUGGACGACAGACACUGGCUACUCCCCCAAUGGGUGACAUACAGAUCGGCAUGGUGGAGAAGAAAGGAGCGCUGGAGGUGGAGGUAAUUCGUGCUCGUGGCCUUGUGGGAAAACCAGGUUCCAAGGCACUGCCAGCCCCAUAUGUAAAGGUCUACCUUUUGGAAAACGGGGUCUGCAUAGCCAAAAAGAAAACAAAAGUAGCAAGAAAAACCUUGGAUCCUCUAUACCAGCAGCAACUGCCGUUUGAGGAGAGUCCAGGAGGGAAAGUUUUACAGGUCAUUGUAUGGGGCGACUACGGACGCAUGGACCAUAAAUCCUUCAUGGGUGCAGUUCAGAUACUGUUAGACGAGCUGGACCUGUCCAACAUGGUGAUUGGCUGGUUCAAGCUCUUUCCUCCUUCCUCAUUGGUGGACCCCACUCUGGCCCCACUGACACGAAGAGCUUCCCAAUCGUCUCUGGACAGUUUCUCUCGGUCAUAGCAGCGCGUGGACUGAUAGCGUUGUUGUAGCAGCCAGUGUUGCGAUACAGGUCACGCCCCCUGUUACACUGCAUGCUUGAUGUUGUGUCUUCUGAGCCUGUUCUAGGGGUGCAGCAGUGAUCCUGUUUUUUCCGCAAAAACGUUGCACAUAUUGUGCACAAUUGCAAAGGGUGUUGCAGGCGCCUGGCUGCGCCGCCGUUUGGAGGAAGCUGGAAUGAACUCCUUAGCACGAGGAUCUGUCAGUUCCAGGUUUUCAUCCAAUUCAAAGCCAUGGGGGUCAGUACUGGGAACCACUAAAUGAGUUCUACAGAAGCCCUUUUUGAAUGAAAAAUAAAUGUUUUGCUUUAAUUUAGCUUUGUUUUUAAUUUUUUUUUUUUUCCUUUUUAAUGUCUAUGUGCUUGUAUCUGAAGAGGUGACAGUUUUUUUCUAUUCAGAUGCUUGGUCAUGCCAUGCCAACAGACCUCGCUGUGUAGAUAGAGUUUGGAGACCACUUUGGGUGAGGUGUGUCCCAGCUUGAAUCCACACUUCCCUCAAAACUAAAGUAUGUGAAAGGCCCACUCACUGAUAGGAUUAUGUACAAACCAAAUGGGAAAUCAGAAAGACUACUCUAAGACAUUUUAGAAGUGACUACCAUCAGCACUUCACAGAACAUAGCAAUGAUCAAGUCCCAUGAAAAGAUGUACAAUCUACCAUCAUUCUAUCUUUGUUGAUAUAUUGUAUGAAAAUUUUAUGAGAUUUUUUUUUUCCUUUUAGUUAAUUUGCAUGGACAAAUUUAGCGGAAUAAAAAAGAAAAUUAUUUUCUUGAGGCUGCAACUUGCAAAAAAGAUGAAAAAUAAGUAAAACAGAUCAGCCAUUUUCAACAAUUUAUAUUAUUUUUAAAAAUAAAUUUCACUAGUGCAUGGUUUUCAAGGGGAGUGAAUGCAACAUCGUGAUAAAAAAGACAUUGUUUCUUUAGACCAUUCAAAGUCUGUGAUUUGCAGACAAGCAAAUAAGGAAAACCUAAGGAAACUUUUGGAGAUAUUUAACAGAAAAUGUUUAUGUGACAAAAGUGAAAAUGAAAAAUACAUGUAAAUGAUUUACUUCAUUGUAAAAGGCCCAGGCCUUAUAAAGAUAAACAUUAUGUGCAAAUUGUACAUGUUUCUCUUUUCUUCCUUGUCCCAGGGUACUCACCAUUGUACUAUUCAUGCUACCAUCAGUUCCCUGAUAUUGUCCAGAUUUAGGACUGUUGGUUACGUUACCGUUCUGUAUGGUUUACAUAUGUUUUUUCUGUUGGGUUUGAUUUUUUUUAACAAGCAUGUUGAAAAGGAUUAUCUGCAACAUGGCUUGGGCACACCUUACAGUAACUCAGCAUGUUUUGAUAAAGAUGAUAUUUGAAAUUUUUGCAGUUUCUUGUACAGUGCAUGUCCGCAUCAUUACUUUUCUUCCUCACCUUCAAUUGAACUCUGAGACAAAUUCGUUUUCUUGGUCUACCAGGACCAGCAACAUUCCACCCCCAAAGUCAUGAUUUAUUUCAGGUUUUUGAGAAAAAAUACGUGACAAGGAAAAUAUUUUAUAUUUAACAGAGGUUUGACAAAACAGACGUGUUUGCAAGUGUAUUUUCUUUCAGUAUUGAUGACAAACAUGCAAAAAUAAUCUGCAUUGGUUCAAGUGAGAUGUCUAAAACUAAUCAAGAGGCAGCAACAUGUGUUGCUGUAGUUCAGUCUUACAGGCACAGUUUGAGAAGAGAGCAAAUCACAAAUAACAAGGGAUAUUGCCACAGAAAAAGACUUUUUCUUGUUUUAAUAAAAAGAAGAAUUAAUUUACUAUAUUUUUGUUAGUUUUAUUUAAAAGCCAAGACCAGUUUAUUUUUUAUUUUCUAUUUUUAGUAAUUAUAAGUACUUCUCAUUUGUGGGAAGCAAAUGAAACUUCUAGUUGCAGUAUGUCUGAAUGAAAUUAAGCUGAGGCAUUGUUCCUUUUCCACACAAUGAUUACUGCGUUUUCAUGUCUGAGAAUAACAUUGUAUUGAGCUACAGUGUACAUUUACAGUGUAUAUUUUCAGUUGAUUUUCCUCUGUACAUACUUUCAUAUGUCAGCAAUGGCAUAAAGAGCUACACAGAUGACUGAGCAGGAGGAGGAAGAAUGCCUCACGUGAUCUAUGACAAAGACAUAUGUUCUGAUCCUUUUGAAUGCCUUUUCAUUUUCUCUUUUUGGUGCAAUGUGUUAAUGCCAAGGCUAUGUCUUGGUGAAGUAUGGUUGAGU